AUGCUCUUUAAGCAGGUGCUCUGUGUUGUAGGCAAAGAAGCUCAGAAGGGACCUCUGCUCUUCGACGACCUCCCUCCGGCCAGCAGUACUGACUCAGGAUCAGGGGGACCUUUGCUUUUUGAUGAUCUCCCACCAGCCAGCAGUGGGGAUUCAGGUUCUCUUGACGCUUCGAUGUCCCAGACGGUAAAGAACGAAGGGAAAGGAGCAAAGAGAAGAGCCCCUGAAGAAGAGAACGGCAGCGAAGAGCUUGUGGAAAAGAAAGUUUGUAAAGCCUCCUCGGUGAUCUUUGGUCUGAAAGGCUACGUGGCUGAGCGGAAGGGUGAGCGGGAGGAGAUGCAGGACGCCCACGUCAUCCUGAACGACAUCACUGAGGAGUGCAGGCCCCCAUCGUCCCUCAUUACCCGGGUUUCAUAUUUUGCUGUUUUUGAUGGACACGGAGGAAUUCGAGCCUCAAAAUUUGCUGCACAGAACUUGCAUCAGAACUUGAUCAGGAAAUUUCCUAAAGGAGACGUAGUCAGCGUAGAGAAAACCGUGAAGAGAUGCCUUUUGGACACUUUCAAGCAUACUGACGAAGAGUUCCUCAAACAAGCUUCAAGCCAGAAGCCUGCCUGGAAAGAUGGCUCCACUGCCACGUGUGUCCUGGCCGUGGACAACAUCCUGUACAUCGCCAACCUCGGAGACAGUCGGGCAAUCCUGUGUCGGUUUAAUGAGGAGAGUCAGAAGCACGCGGCCUUAAGCCUCAGCAAGGAGCACAACCCCACCCAGUAUGAGGAGCGGAUGAGAAUACAGAAGGCUGGCGGGAACGUCAGGGACGGACGUGUCUUGGGUGUGCUGGAGGUGUCGCGCUCCAUCGGGGACGGGCAGUACAAACGCUGCGGGGUCACCUCUGUGCCAGACAUCAGACGCUGCCAGCUGACCCCCAACGACAGGUUCAUUUUGCUGGCCUGUGACGGCCUCUUCAAGGUCUUUACCCCGGAAGAAGCUGUCAACUUCAUCUUGUCCUGCCUGGAGGAUGAGAAGAUCCAGAGCCGAGAAGGGAAGCCCACAGUGGACGCGCGCUAUGAAGCAGCCUGCAACAGGCUGGCCAACAAGGCGGUGCAGCGGGGCUCGGCGGACAACGUCACGGUGAUGGUGGUGCGGAUAGGGCAGUGA